AUGCAGCGAGUGACCCCAAACCAGGACCAGUCAUCUUCUGCCUGGAAAGAUACCCACGACGAUGAACUCUUGUCCUUACAGGAGCGGAUCAACGCCUUGGAAAUUCAAGGAUCCUCUUUGCACCAAACACUGCAAGAAAAGUACAGAGAGAAAGUCAAGCUCUGCGAUCAACUUCUCAAGCCUUCUUUCAUGCGGCGUACUCGAAGUCUCCUGGGUUUUAGAAGCCAGCACCCAUCCAUUCAUAACCAACUCAAAGCACUCGCUACAGAUACUGAAGAGAGGGGGAAUACUCUUCACAGCUUGAUUCAGGACCUUGACUCUGCUCGAGCUGUCCUCGAAUCGCACAAUGCUCGCAGAGAACAAGAAAGAACCGACGAAUUAUCCGGGGCCAACCAGCGCUCGAUCUCGAAUCUGAAGAUACCAACGGAGUUGUGGGCGGAGAUAUUCUUUUUCUGCCUACCAGCCGACGACUUCAUCCUCCCACGUUCCGGCGACGCACCCCUCCUACUUUGCCAGAUUUGCAAAACAUGGCGAGAAAUAGCACUGAAUACGCCCCGCCUCUGGGCGUCACUAUCGAUUCGUCGGCCAAUGUGGAAGACGUACAUCAAAACCUGGAUGGAUAGAUCAGGAGAAGUGCCACUCUCGCUCGAGAUAUCCAUUAUUCAUUUUAUGGAACCAACGUUCAACUCCACUGUUAGCCGUCUUAUCCUCUCGACGAAAGAUCGGUGGUACCGCCUCCGCCUCGACCUCAGCGAACGUCUUAUGCCGGCCAUCAUCAACCACCGCUUCCCAAUCCUCCAUACAUCCAAUUCGGCCCCAUGUGCUCAGUGUCGAGCAUCACACUCGAUUCCACCCGUUUCCCUCGCCUUCGCGACGUACAUCUCGUCUCAGAUGGCGUACAAGCAGAAGACGUCGCUUUUCCGUGGAACAAGCUGA